AUGUCGCGAACUUCAACGGCCAAGGACCUCUCCCGCUCGAGGGGCAGCGAGCCUGACUUUCGCCGCAUGAGCACUCCUUUAUUACCAACAAACUAUAAUUACAUGGACGCUGUGCCGUCUGUACCGCGGGUUCUGUCGCCGCCACCGACGCCGCGGGGCCCUCCGCCACGGCCGGAUCGGCUGUCUUUGCGCCUGCGCAGCAAUUCGGGUCUCAGAAUGCACACCAAUGACGCUGCCCUCAGCCAGUACACGGAUUAUUCCUCGCCGCGGAAGACGACUUUUACCAAUUCCAUUGCCGAACAUUCUCACCAGAAUAUCGACCAUAUCCUCUCGCCGCGGAGCACCCGACCAGGUUCGCGGUCGAGUAUGACGCCUCAGUCACCUGGGCUGAACUCGGCGCUACCAUUCAUGGAUCUUCUGGGCAAGGAUGCAUUUCAAAUGGCCAUGGAAAAUCCAUCCGUCAUCCGUCAUCUAGUCCAAUAUUCCGAGGAGGUGGGCAACGAAGAGGGCGUCGACUUCCUUUUGAAAAUUAGGGAGUACAACACGGCGCUGAAUGAGAUGACUUCGGUUCUGACCUCCAUAUCAUCAUCAUACACGUCGAUUGGAGCUUCGACACCAUUGAAUUUACCGCACAUGGUAUCACGGCCUUUGAAUGCGGAUAUCAAGCGCAUCGCUCAUUCCAUCAUACCCAGCUUGGAGAACGUCUUCUUCGAGUCCCGGUCUCACGUUGAAAGCGAGCUCGCCCAAGAUUUGUUCCCUGGGUUUGUAAAGCGUCAACUGGUCAAUUGUACAGCUGCAGAGCUCGCCAGCGAUGGUUCCGACGAUGCAGCGCAGCUAGAAUACCCUGGAUUGGGAUCAUGUUUCAGCAUGACUGACGCAUCCGACCCAAAGCACGGGGUGGUCAGUAUUUCAGAAGACUUUGAGGAGCUUACGGGCUAUACGACGGCCGAGGCAGUGGGACAAAAUUGCGCGUUCCUCCAAGGGCCUUUUACAGAUCCCGAAGCAGUGCGGCGGAUGCAAAUAGCCAUGCGAGAUCAGCGGGAAUGUGUUGAACUAAUUCUCAACCACCAUAAAAACGGCGAGCCCUUCUGGAAUCUGCUCUUCCUUUUGCCACUCAAGGAUACAGAGGGCGUUUUGCAGUACUGGCUGGGGGCCCAGGUUAAUGUAUCCGAGUGUAUGAACAGUCGCAGCGACCUUCUGCGAGUGUUAAAUGGCGGCCACCCCAUAACCACAGACCGCGAAUCAUCCGACGGAUCAACUCCACGAAGCGAUCAUUUUUCGGGCAGGGAGACCCCAAAGGAGGGCCGCCGAUCAAGGAAAAACAGCAUUGCUCACGGGAGACGGAAUUCCAAGGACGCUGGGACAUCACGAAAUUGGUUCUCCACAUUUGGGAGAAAGGCACCGGCCCCGUGUCCUCCAUCACCUCCGCCAAUUCCUGAGAUCUAUGAUUCGGCGCUGGGAUCGGGCAGCAAGAAGUCAAAGACUUCACAGUUCUCGUCACAAAGAUAUGUUUCCCGGCAGAAGACACCAGUAUACCCGACGCCAUACUCGUCUUACAUGGUUUUACGGUGCAUUAGCAGUGGAGGAUCGUCGAACCAGAGACAAACGACCCCCAGCGCGAAAAAGAAGCAUAGUUCCAAGCUCAUGGUGUCUUUCUACAACGAGGCUGUACUUGAGCUGCUCUCGCUGCCUUCAGACAUUGCGCAAGAAGAUAUCUUCCACCUUCUCUCCGUGUCCAAGAGCUUCAAGGCCUCUGUGCGCGAGAGCGUGGAUCAGUGCGAGACAAUCAGCAUGGAACUGCUCCUCGAGAGGGGCCGUAAGAGGAGGGCCAGCACCGGAGCAAGCAACGGGCACCGGCCCACGGCUCUCGACCUGCAGAGCCUCCGUGGUGACAAUGAAGAGAAGAAAUCUGCAAAGGCCUCCAAACACGAGAGAUUUUGGACCCACUGGACGCCUCUACGAGAUGCAAAGGGCCAAAUUGACUGGGUGGUAUUGAUUGUCAGUCCGACUUCAUGA